AUGUUCUCCAAGAUUCAGAACACAGCGCUACUUGCCCUCGCCGGCUGGGCAACUCUGGUGCAGGCUGCUUCAAUCCGUCUCCAGUCGCGUGACCUCACCUUCGACUACAACAACGACAAAGUUCGUGGAGUGAAUCUGGGAGGCUGGCUGGUUCUGGAACCAUGGAUCACUCCAUCGAUCUUCGAACAGGGCGGCGACGGCGCCAUCGAUGAAUACACAUUGACCCAGAUCCUGGGAAAGGAUCAGGCGCAGAGCGUCCUGUCCAGCCAUUGGAACAGCUGGAUCACCGCCGAUGACUUCCAACAGAUCAAGAAUGCCGGCAUGAACCACGUCCGCAUUCCUGUAGGCUACUGGGCGGUCAAUCCCUUGGAGGGCGAGCCCUAUGUCCAAGGCCAACUCGAUGUGCUCGACAAUGCCAUCGGAUGGGCCAGGGAGGCAGGCCUGAAGGUGAUCAUCGACCUGCACGGAGCACCCGGUUCGCAGAACGGGUUUGACAACAGUGGACGUCGGGGUCCGAUCGAGUGGUCGAAGCAAGCAAACUCUGUCAACCAGACCCUGGACGCCAUCCAGGCCCUGGCCGAAAGAUACGCACAACACGCCGAUGUUGUGACAGCCAUCGAGGCGCUCAACGAACCAUUCACCGUCUUGGGUGACCAAGGGGUGCAGCUUGACGUGCUGAAGCAGUAUUACUAUGACACCUGGGGACGGAUUCGUGACCAGAACCACGACACGGUGGAGGUCCUGCAUGACGGUUUCCAGGACGUCGAUUCGUGGAACGGCUUCAUGGGGCCUACUUCGGGGGUCUGGAACGUGAUGAUGGACACCCACCAUUACGAGGUCUUUGACAACGGUCUCCUGGCCAUGAGUCCUGACCUGCAUGUCCAGACUGCGUGCUCGUUUGGAAAGGGCAAGCUCGUCAACACGGACAAGUGGACGAUUGUGGGUGAAUGGACGGGAGCCAUGACCGACUGCGCCAAGUACCUCAACGGCCGUGGCAUUGGCGCGCGCUACGAUGGUACUUACCAGGGCAGCUCGUACAUUGGCAGCUGCGACGGGAAGAGUCAGGGUGCAGUGACGGCUUUGUCGGAGGAAGACAGGACCAACAUUCGCCGAUUUAUCGAGGCGCAGAUGGAUGCGUUCGAGCUGAAGACGGGUUGGCUGUACUGGACGUGGAGGACCGAGGGCGCCCCGGAGUGGGAUAUGAAGGCGCAGAUGGAAGCCGGCGUGUUCCCUAACCCUGUGACUGCGAGGCAGUACCCUGGACAGUGCGGUUAA